ACUCCCCAGGACUUGGAUUGGUCAGAAAGAAGCAGAGGAGGAGCCACUGUGCACAUUUUUUCCCCUUCACACACCAUAAAAAUCGCAGUGGCAACUAACACAGCAAAGCUUCAGGUUGGGAACUGAUUAUCUCUGCGAGGCAGCUGAUCUGAGCAUGCGCACACAGAUUCAUUCUUCUCCCAAUAGCACAGCAGCCGCUAGGAAAAUUAUUUUGAAAAGACCUGAAUGCAUUAAGACUAAAGUUAAAGUGGAAGUGAGAACAAAAUAGCAAACAGCAGACUCGACAGAGAAUGAGCGUCUUGAAGCCUAAGAUUUCAAAGUGAUGCUAAUCAGAGCCCUACCUGAAAGAGACUAAAAACUCCAUUUCAAGCUUCGGAGCAUGUGACAUUUAUUCACAACAGGCAUGCCAAUUUCAGCCUCAUAACUUUCAGACAGAUAAAGACUUGGAGAAAAUCGCUGAGGCUACCUGACCCAGGAGCUUAAAUCAGGUCAGAGGGGAUCUCAACCCACCUGGCGCAGGAUGAACUCAACCCAUCACCAUGGAAUGCAUACUUCUCUCCACUUCUGGAACCGCAGCACCUACGGACUGCACAGCAAUGCCAGUGAGCCCCUUGGAAAAGGCUACUCUGAAGGAGGGUGCUACGAGCAACUUUUUGUCUCUCCUGAGGUGUUUGUGACUCUGGGUGUCAUAAGCUUGUUGGAGAACAUUCUGGUGAUUGUGGCCAUAGCCAAGAACAAGAAUCUGCAUUCACCCAUGUACUUUUUCAUCUGUAGCCUGGCUGUGGCUGAUAUGCUGGUGAGCGUUUCCAAUGGGUCAGAAACCAUUGUCAUCACCCUAUUAAACAGCACGGACACGGACACACAGAGUUUCACAGUGAAUAUUGAUAAUGUCAUUGACUCAGUGAUCUGUAGCUCCUUACUCGCCUCAAUUUGCAGCCUGCUUUCGAUUGCAGUGGACAGGUAUUUUACUAUCUUUUAUGCUCUCCAGUACCAUAACAUUAUGACGGUUAAGCGGGUUGGAAUCAUCAUCAGUUGUAUCUGGGCAGUCUGCACGGUGUCGGGCGUUUUGUUCAUCAUUUACUCAGAUAGCAGUGCUGUUAUUAUCUGCCUCAUAACCGUGUUCUUCACCAUGCUGGCUCUCAUGGCUUCUCUCUAUGUCCACAUGUUCCUCAUGGCCAGACUCCACAUUAAGAGGAUCGCCGUCCUCCCAGGCACUGGCACCAUCCGCCAAGGCGCCAACAUGAAGGGGGCGAUUACCCUGACCAUCUUGAUUGGGGUCUUUGUGGUCUGCUGGGCCCCCUUCUUCCUCCACUUAAUAUUCUAUAUCUCCUGCCCCCAGAAUCCAUACUGUGUGUGCUUCAUGUCUCACUUUAACUUAUAUCUCAUCCUGAUCAUGUGUAAUUCCAUCAUCGAUCCCCUGAUUUAUGCACUCCGGAGCCAAGAACUGAGGAAAACCUUCAAAGAGAUCAUCUGUUGCUAUCCCCUGGGUGGCCUCUGUGAUUUGUCUAGCAGAUAUUAAAUGGGGACAGAGGAGACACAUAAAUGCAAGCAUAAGAGACUUUCUCCUUACACAGUCUGGACAAUAUGCUUCAACAACAGCAUUUUCUUGUAAGGCAUCAGUUGAGACAUUCUAUUGUAUAAAUUUAAGUUCAUGAUUCUGCUCAGUCUCUGUGUAUUUUUAAGGUCUUGCUACCUUUUGGCUGUAAAAUGUUUAUCUAUACUACAGGUUAUAGGCACAAUGGAUUUAUAAAAAAGAAAAAAGUCCUUAUGAAAAGUUAAUUAAUGUAUCUUGUCAUUCGAAAGGAUUUGACACAUUGCUUGUUUUAGUAACAUGGAAAUCACAGUUUCAUUAAAUAUAUUCUAAUAAAUGGUUGCUAAUAUUACACUAUACAACGCUGAAGUGUAGAAGUUUGAUUCUAGCAUUGAGGGGAGAAAUACUGAAACAUGUGUUUAAUCAUUAAAAAAUAACCUGAAAUUUCAACUAAUUUAUUAAAACAUGCUCAUUCUCCCUGUGCAGAAGGAGAAAUGAAGCUUCUACUGGGAGAAAAACAGUUACUAAAAAAAAGUGGGCGGGGGGUAUUUUGAGUUUGAAAACU